ACCACUCAUUUUAAAAAUGAGCUCAAAUUCCACCGUUCCAAACAUUGAUGUGGAAAUCGUCAAGGGGUUGAGCCAGCCAUCCGCCCUGUAUGACGAAUUGGUCCAUUAUAUUCUCUCAACAGUCGGUUGUAAGCUACAAAAUGAAUCAACUUUACGCCUAGUAUCACACGCAGCUCAAGUUUCACUCGAAAAGUUCUUUGACGAGGCAAAGGUCAUGCAAAUCGCGAGUAGAAUGGGCAGAAAUGAUGGAGACUCAAAGAUGAAUAUAUUCGCCAAGGAAGAAGCGAAGGAACUAGACUACCAAAUUGUAUGCGAAGCUCUACAAAAGACCCACCCAAACACACACAAUUACAACUUGUUCCUCGAACCAAAUACAACAUUUUGAAAAAUUAAAGUUGCCUUGUACUAUUCUAGCAACCAAGGGUUCUCCUUUAUGAUCUCUGGGUCCCGUUCCCCGUAGUCGACGAGCAGUUCCUCUCCCCUGUUGCAAGUGUUUAAAUGAUACGAAAAACUAACCAGUCAAUGUUCCUCUUUGCGACAAAGAUUAGCCUUGGAUAGUUGUUACUCAAAAUAGUCCUGGGAACAAUAUUUGGGUUCUUUCUAGAAUGAUUAACCAGUCUUGCUGGUCCAAAACUAAUAUCUUCUUCAGUUGC